AUGGAGCAGGAGCUCCUCCAGCUGCUCGCGGCGACCCAGUCCCCCGCAGCACCGACUCGCCAAUCCGCUGAACUACAAUUGCUGCAGCUUUACUCCAACGAGGCUUUCCCGCUGUCUCUCGCUGCAAUUGCCGCUCACGAGUCUGUCGAUGCUGCCCUUCGCCAGUCCGCCAUCUCCGUGCUCCGAACCUUUAUUGUAGCGUCAUGGUCCCCCCUUCUCGAUGAAUUCAAAGGCCGCGUCUGGGUAAACGACGCGAACAAAGCAACCCUGCGUAAUGCCCUCCUCAACCUCGCAACCACGACUGAGACAAACCGCAAGAUUAAGGCUGCUGCAAGUUAUGCUGUCAGUAAGAUCGCUGCUGCCGACUUUCCCGAAGAAUGGCCUGAGCUACUUCCCUCGUUACUGCAUAUCAUCAACGACCCUAAUAGUAGUGAUGGGGCACUGCAUGGUGCAUUGAAGGUGUUGCUGGAUUUGGUAGACACGGGUUUCAGUGAAGAACAGUUCUUUGGCAUUGCCCGAGACUUGGUGUCUACUCUUUUCGCCGUUGCGACCAAUGAGUCGCGGAAAACAAUCAUCCGAGCGCUGGCUAUCUCCGUCUUCCGAUCAUGUUUUGAUACCUUGGAGAUGGUCCUUGAGCAGCACAAAGCUGCCGUCAAGCAGUUCAUGGAUGAGGCCCUGAGUGGAUGGAUGCCUUAUUUCCUGUCGGUUAUGAAAUUGUCCUUGCCGCAGCGUCCAGCGGAGGAGGAAGAGUCAAAGGACACUGAAGUUUCGUCUCAAUGGAGAGGUAUCAUUGCACUGAAGCUGCAAGCAGUCAAGACCGUUAUGAAAAUUCGUAUGGUAUUUCCCACGCUAUUGACGACACAGAGCCCGCAACUAUUCACCAUGCUUUGGGAGGAAUUGUCAAGUAUCCAGAGCCACUACUUCGAAAUGUAUGUGCAGGACGAGCGGCAGGGGCGAUUGGAAGACUCGGACGGUUUACCUUACACCCUCGACUUCCUCGUGCUGGAAGAAAUCGACCUGAUGCAGGCCCUGAUCAAGGCUCCUCCUGUCAAGGCCGAGCUACAAGCGCAGCUACAAAACGCCAAUGAAGCAGCAACAACCACUGGAUGGCUCCCUGAAAUAAUCAAGCUUGCCGCGAUCUAUGCUCAAAUCACUACAGAGGAAGAGGGUAUUUGGGAGAUUGAUGUCAACCUCUUUUUGUCCGAAGAAACGUCUGUAACCGCUAACUACACGCCGAGAACAUGUGGAGGCGAUCUCAUCAUCAAGCUGGGAGAAUGGUUGAAAGUGACAGUCGUUCAGGCAUUGGUGGUGUAUAUCAACAACCUUUUCGCCGACGCCGCCUCGACAUGGAAAAACCAGGAAGCUGCAUUGUUCAUCCUCAAUCAGUUGCUUCGGGAUUUUAAUGAGGUCGAGCAACAGAUUCCCGUGGACGUCGCCUCUCAAUUCACAAACAGUAUUCAAUUUGCUCUUCAAAACGAGCAAGAUUACCUACGCGCGCGAGGAUAUCUAGUGGCAGGCGUUCUUGCCCAGACUGCCGGUGCAGAGUUCCAGCCGAUUGCGGCCAGCUACCUUGAUGCCACGAUGAAAGCGAUAUCCCAAGACGCUUCAGAAGUUGUUCAAGUUGCCUGCAUUCGAGUCCUGCAAGAUUUGCUACCGGCUCUUCCAUCGUCAACCACACAACCUAUGCAAAUACCUAUAAUCAGCUCAAUAAACGAGUUCAUAGGAUCACACGAUCUGAGGGAGGGCACGGAUAAUGACGACCUCAAGGUCACGUUGGCUGAGACGCUUCGCGACACUAUCAUGAUUGAACCUAAAGUAGUCUUGGACUCAGCGGCCUUGGAUGUGCUCUUCAAUGUGGCUAGCAAUGGAGCGGAAAAUUUCCAUUUGGUCAUGGUCGUGACGGAGACGUUUGAGGAUAUCGUGCAGUACGUGUCGCAACAAGGCGCAGAUGCUUACGUGCGAUUGUGUGAGAAGGUGCUUCCAUCAUUAACGGGCGCUAUUGAUGUUGGCAAUAUAACGCAAGAGGGUGCACUCACUGUUCUAGCAGCAGACUUGCUUCGAGCCUUGGCGGACCAUGGCUCAGAACCUCUGCCAAAUGGAUUCGUUGCUACUGUAAUGCCAAAGUUGAACCGCCUUCUACUAGAAAGCAACGAUAGCGAACUCGUCCGUGCUGCUACGUUAGCCAUGUACCAUAUCUUGAGUCAUGACUUUACCCAAUUCCUUGCUUGGCGCGAGCCGCAGUCAGGCAAAGAUGCCAUUGAAACUGUGUUGUUGAUUAUCGACCAUCUUUUGAGCCCCAAUAUUGACGACGUGGCUGCAGCAGAAGUUGGUUCCCUGGCGGCUGUGUUGGUUGAAAAGGCCGGUUCCGAGAAACUUGGUCCUUAUCUGCCGCAGUUACUGCAAGCUGUCGCACAGCGUCUGGCUACUGCACAGCAAGCCCAGUUCAUUCAGAGCUUAAUCCUUGUUUUUGCGCGCUUAACUCUGAUCAGUGCUCGAGAAGUUAUUGACUUUUUGGCUCAGGUUGAUCUCGGUGGACAGAGCGGACUUAACGUCGUGUUGAGCAAAUGGUUAGAAAACUCAGUCAACUUUGCCGGGUAUGAUGAAAUCAAGCAGAACAUUAUCGCCCUAUGCAAACUGUAUAACCUGGAAGACCCUCGGGUAGCGCAAGUUCAGGUCAAGGGCGACCUCAUCAUCCAGGAAACCGGACGGAUCAAGACGCGAUCGCAAGCACGUCAAAACCCCGACCAGUUUACGACUGUAUCGGCUAAUCUAAAAAUCAUCAAGGUUCUUGUGGAGGAACUAGCAGGAGCCUCUGGCAACAAAGAAAUCGACGCCGCAACGGCUGCAGCCCUUGAAGAAGCAGACAGCGAGGACGAUGAGUGGGAAGAUCUACCCAGCAAUACAUUAGACCUUGGCCUGGGAGUCACAAAACAGGAGCUGAUGUCAUUUGGCGAAGGGGGCACGGAGGGCUCCUUUGCUGUUCGAAAGCGCGAUGAUGAGACGCAAGCGCUUUUGUUGCAGUUUUUCCAAGAAGCGUCUGCUAAACCUGGAUUCCAGGAACUAUUUGCGGCUCUUACUCCUGCCGAACAGGAUAAGCUGAGGAGUUUAGGCUGAUUUGGGAAUACCUUGGUGGUACGUAGUUAAAUUUAUGAUGUGAUGAGACAGUAAAAGAGCUACUAUAUAGCCGACCACGAAAUAGAUUUGCUUUGAUUGGUAUCAGUCAAUAGAUACUGCUAGUACGAUCUACUAGAUAUGAAAAUUAAAGAUUCCGCCACUCGGAUUAUCACA